AUGGCUUUACGCAACCUUACCAAAGUUCCAAAACUGUGUCUUGUGUAUUUUGCUGUUGACAAAAGUACAUGCGUUAUUGAAACAAAAAAAAUGCAAUCGAAAGAGACAGGGAAGCUGUUUUCGGAGACUGCACCAAAUGCGAGAGAUGUGGUUACGGUCAAAAGUGGAGGCAAGCUGCUGGAAGCUAUGGUUAUUGCAACAGGUGGUAAGUAGCGUCGCCUUUUCCGAUCUUUUUCCCGAUCAUUGAUAAUGCAUCUAACGGAUGUUUCGCUGCAUUUUAAGUUUUUGUUAUACAUGUAAUUGUUGUUGCCCUUUAAGGCUUUAUAACGAUUGCAUUUUCUCAAUUUUUAGAUAACGAAGAUAACCUUAAUAAAGAGGAAAGGGCUUUCGUUGAGAUGAACGCAGAGCUUUUCGACCCCGAACCGGUUUCUCCUCGAAAGAAAAGAAGCAAGGAAGAUAAGGAUGCUAGUACGUCGAAAAAAUGAAAAGCUUCGAGUGACGAGGUAUGACUGUAAUGUCGAACAAUUUUACACCAAGAUUCAACAAAAGAAUAAUUACAAUUCGCCACUUAUUUUGUUAACAUGUUUGCUAUGGGAAACCGCGGUCUUUCCGAUGGACAAAGUUGUUUCGAUACAAGUCGUUUUGAUACGACCUCAAGCAUUAAAGUUAUUCAAAAAUUUCGAUCACUUCAAGUAUAGCUUGCGCGUGAAAAAGGAAAACAUUUGGGUUGAAUAUUCUUCCUCCUGUAAGCCAAGUAACGUGAAAAUUCUUACAACUCGACUGAAUUAACUUGUAUCGAAACGACCGGUAACCACUCUUUCACUGGUUUUACUGUUUUUGUUUGUUUUUUUNUCGCCUUUUCAGAUCUUUUUCCCGAUCAUUGAUAACGCAUCUAACGGAUGUUUCGCUGCAUUUUAAGUUUUUGUUAUACAUGUAAUUGUUGUUGCCCUUUAAGGCUUUAUAACGAUUGCAUUUUCUCAAUUUUUAGAUAACGAAGAUAACCUUAAUAAAGAGGAAAGGGCUUUCGUUGAGAUGAACGCAGAGCUUUUCGACCCCGAACCGGUUUCUCCUGGAAAGAAAAGAAGCAAGGAAGAUAAGGAUGCUAGUACGUCGAAAAAAUGAAAAGCUUCGAGUGACGAGGUAUGACUGUAAUGUCGAACAAUUUUACACCAAGAUUCAACAAAAGAAUAAUUACAAUUCGCCACUUAUUUUGUUAACAUGUUUGCUAUGGGAAACCGCGGUCUUUCCGAUGGACAAAGUUGUUUCGAUACAAGUCGUUUUGAUACGACCUCAAGCAUUAAAGUUAUUCAAAAAUUUCGAUCACUUCAAGUAUAGCUUGCGCGUGAAAAAGGAAAACAUUUGGGUUGAAUAUUCUUCCUCCUGUAAGCCAAGUAACGUGAAAAUUCUUACAACUCGACUGAAUUAACUUGUAUCGAAACGACCGGUAACCACUCUUUCACUGGUUUUACUGUUUUUGUUUGUUUUUUUUGUUUUCAAUAGUUUUAUUCAUAACUAUCAGCAGAAACUCAUAACGGAUUGUUCAACCCCUUACCAGUUUCUGUUAUUAGUUAUUAUUUUAGUUAUGGUUAACGCUAAGUGCCAACCAGCAAAGAUUUUACCUAUACGCGCGUGCUGUUCAAUUUGUUUAGAAAUGUCAUGAAUUACCACACUUCACGAAAAAUAGUUUGAACUAAAUUCAAUUGCAUAAGCGAAAAGUACCUUGAAAAUAGUGAACUAAACUCUUCUACUGCAUAAAGAAUUUGAAAUACUAACUUUACAUACGAACAAAUUUUUCGAGAUAUUGAAGUUCAUGUUUUUGUGUGAAGUUGCGCACAGAUCAUUUUGCGUAAAAUUUAAUUAGUGCAUGGUCUUAUAAGGGAACGUACAUGUAGAAACCUCGCAAAAUAAUAAGUCCGUGAAUAUUCAACGUGCAGAUUUAUAUUUGGUCUCUAUUUAAAGCUUAGGGAGUCUACUUUUUAGCGGCAUAAACAGGCAGUUCGUGUGGACAGGGCCUUAGUUUUGUCUGUCUUGUGAGUACCUAGCACGAGCGUCCAGUUGCUUUUCUUGUAGCUAUUAACAUGAGACAUUUGGAAAGAACACGUUAUUGCAAAUCUUACUCGUACCUGUAGUAUAGAGACGUUACGUUAUGCGAAAAAUAAACUCGCAGCCAGUCUUUGUUCUGUUAUCUGCUGAAUUCGGCAAUUCUGACGAGACAAUAGGGAAAGCGCGCGUGCAGUAUAAAAAUCAGGUUAAAACGGGAGCCUUACUUAUUGCACCUAAUUAACCGCCCACACUUUUUUCAAUUUGUAGUUGCAGAUGUUGAAUGAAUUCAUUAGAGAGCAGGAUGAAAAACAGGCCCGGUUAAAACAGCAGCGUAUUAACAGUGAGAAAGCUAAAACAACUAAAACGGCAUCCAUUCAGUGUGACAGACGAGACAUCCUCGAAAAAUCAGAAGUGGCUGUACAGACCGAGUUUCCAGACGUAAUGGACGAUCUGAAGGAACAAAUCAGACAGCUGACUAAGAUCGUGGCUGAUCUUACUGCCCUGAAGAACAGACACCAAGGCGAACUGCCUGACAAUCAGUUAAACGACGAAGACAUCCUCAUGGACUCGCUGAGUGAUGUCUUGCCAUUUGACGUGGAACUUUCCAGUAAUCAGCCAGUUCCAGAAACACCACUAGAGGGACCCGCACAGCCACCAAGCAUGACUCAGAGCGUUCCCUUGGCAGUUGUCAACAAUGGAGCCAUGCUACAACCGCCUUCACUCCAACCAUCACUGCGAUCACCGCUAUCCACCAUUGAUCAGAAUGCCCCAUUUGUGCAGCGCAGAUACAGCAGUCACGGCCCCACAGAUGAUCACCGGCAAAAGGUUGAAUUGAUAGUUUCCUUUGGAAGUAACAUUAUUACAACCGCUAUGGCCUGCGUAGACGUCCUGUUUACAGACGAAGAAUUGGCUAAGGGCAACACUUCUGGGUCUAAUGGCUAUCGGCAGUUGGAUGAGUUAAAGCUCCUUUUUCAAGAGUUGACGCUCCGUCGGAAAUUUGAAUCUCCAGUUUUUACUAGCCAGUGGGAGAAUGUUCGAACACGCAUCAACACCAAAUGCAGGGGGAAAAGACGAACUGUAAUUAGAAGACUACAGAAAAAUACAAAUUUUUAA